UUGGCAACAUACGUUUGUAACUGGAUGCAGGGCAGCCAUUGGUGGUCACGUGACUGACAAGCAGCCUACUGUCACCUCGGAAACCAGGAGUGCCAGCCACUCUUAACCAAUCAUCCCUGGAAUGCUGGCUGUCACUGGGCUGAGGCUAUUUCUGCUGCCGGUCGCUAUUGCUCGCUAGUGCAUGGAGCUUGGCUUACAGGGAUCCUUCUAUUUAGUUUCCCCCUCUCCCUCCGCCUCACUCCCCCCCAUGUUCCCCCACUCCCCCCAAAACUAAAGUGUGUACCAAUAAGUGGUUGUUUUUUUUCCUCAGUGCGCCUUUUCCGCUUAAACUUUUUAUGUGUGUGGGGCGAGUGUGCUGCUGGUCCACAUUUCAUACAGCUUACUGUCAGAGGGAAGGUUCCUGAAAGACUCUUAAGAGGAGGGGACAGAGGAAGAGCGAGCGAGAGGGAGAGAGAGAGAGGGAGAGAGAGGGGAAGGGAGGUGGGGUGAGAGUGAGAAGGAGAGGAGUAAAAGGGGAUCAUCCAGCCGGCUGGCCGUAGAAGUGGGAGAAGUGAGCGACACGCCGAGACAGAAGCCAGAGGAGCGGCAAGCAGCCAGGCAGCGUGAGCUCUCCGGCCCCAGGACAAAAUGGCCCACCGCCUGCGACUUUUUUUCGGCUCGGGCCGCAGCAACACGGCUCCGGAGCUGGAGGUGGUCGAAGGAGACCCCGGCGAGAGGAGGCAGCAGCAGCAGCAGCAGCAACAGGAGGAAGGCGGCGGCACCCACGCCAUGAGGUUCUGCAUGCGGACACCCCCAGUGUCCGGGUCACCACAGGAGCCGUCGCCUCUGUCCUUCUCCGGCCCGACCGGCGCUGCAACAUGGGGGUCGGAAUCGGCGCUGAAACGGAGCUCGUCCAUGUUCAUCCCCCAGCUCGCCCCCUCGGCCGAGCCACGGGCCACCAAGAGCUCCACCAUGCAGAUCUCCCUCCAGCGCUCCGGCAGCAGGCCCGGCUGUAUGGAGUUCAACGGAUGUGCGUACGACGACCCGCCACCCUGCUACAGUCCUCCAGGGCCUGCUCCCGCCUACACGGAGCCAGGCGAGCUAAGUGAUUAUCCAUAUCCACCGCCACCCCCGUACUCCAGCCCGGACAUACCGGGGAGUCAUCCCACGGAGCCCGAUCGGCCCGGUCGCAGGGUCUUCAGCAUGGGGUCCAACGGACACGGCGGGUCCGCCCAGGGUCAAGCCGGCAUCAGCAUCGGCGGGAUCCGUAUCCAGAGGAACUCCCCCGACGGUUCGGAGGUCCAGCAUCUCCGGAUCCUGCCCUACGGCGGGACCGGGGGGCCGCUGGGGUGGUACGUCCAGCAGAAGGGCACGGACCGGCCCGGGACGGGCAACGGAGGAACACAGAGACUCGUGUUUCAACUGCAGCAGAAUCAGAGCCAGGAUCAGAACCAGGCCGGACAACAGUCCCCUUCACCCCAGGACGAGUGCACUCAUCUGGGAUUCGCCAACCCCGGGGACGGACCUGUGUUUGGUUACCCCAGAAUUAGACUGGAGAGGACGGCCUCAAAGCAGAGAGCGCCCGUGGGAAACCUACAGCAGGGUUCUGGGGGUCAAGCUAACGAGGAGGCCUGCGGCCAGCCGGAGACACGGCAGAGGGUGGAAACAGACGACCGAGCUAAAGGUUGCACCUUCAAAAUCCGAAGAGAAACUCCGAGGAGGCAGCCUCAUUUCAGGAUAUGCUUCAGCCCAAAUGGUAGUCGAGGUCAGAACGUGAACAUUGACUCUGACUUCACACAAAAUAACCCAAAGGGCUCUACCAAGAAUGGACUGUUCCACGUUGGGCAGACAAGAGAUGAUUUCCUUGGACAAGUCGAUGUACCCCUCAGUCACUUGGCGACGGAAGACCCCGCCAUGGAGCGACCGUACACAUUUAAAGACUUCCUCCUGCGGCCUAGAAGGUUGUCCAGUCACAAGUCCCGGGUGAAGGGGUACCUGCGGUUGAAGAUGGCGUACCUGCCCAACCAGGACGGACAGGAAGAGGAAGUGGGCGACGUCAGGGAGGAAGCAGAGGGCUGGGAGGAGACCAGUGAACAGGGGAACCAGAGGCCCCAGCAGCUGGUGCCUCCCCUGCCCCCCGGCUGGGAGGAGAAGGUGGACAACCUGGGCCGCACCUACUUCGUCAACCACAACAACCGCUCCACGCAGUGGAAGCGCCCCACCAACAUGGAUGUGAUUUCGGAGAGUGAGAACGACAGCCAGCAGCGGCAGAUCCACCAGGAGGCACACCGCGUGUUCCGCUCCCGGAGACACAUCAGCGAGGACCUGGAGAACGAACACAUGGAGCCCAGCCGGGACCUGGACAACCUAUGGGAGCUGAUCUCAGAGGAGGAUCCCAAUGAGCUCCCCGGCCCCCCUUCCACCUCCUCCUCCAUCAUCAUGCCCUCCCAGCCCCCCCAGUCCCCGGGCCCCCCCCAGGAGUACUCCGAGGAGCUCAGACUCUCUUUCCAGCCCGAGACCAACGGAGAAGACCCAGGACCUGCGUCUGUCCAGGGCCAGCUGUCCGAAAGACUUCGCUCCUCCAGUAUGACGGACGGAGUCAGCGAACAGGCUCAGCCUCCACCCCUGACGACGCCUAGCUCCCAGAGCAGAAGAACCAGAGCUCAGACAGUAACAGGCGUUGAGGAGCCCAUGUCCCCCUUGGCGGCGGCAGCCUUCGUUCUGACCCCGCCUAUCCUGCCCACCGGGUGGGAAGAGAGGAAGGACGGCAAGGGUCGCACCUACUUCGUCAACCACAACAGCCGCUCCACCACCUGGACCCGACCCGUCAUACAGCUGACGGAAGACGGCGCCAGCACCUCCGCGGCGGGCGCGACCGCCACCACCUCCUCCCCCACCUCCGGAGCCGGGGGUCCCUCGGAGGCCUCCCCCUCCACCUCCUCGGCCUCCGGCUCCACGAGCCACCUCCACGAGCCCCCCCAGGUCCGCAGGGCCCGUAGCCUCAGCUCCCCCACCGUCACCCUGUCCACCCCCAUAGAGGGCGCCAACAACAUCCAGGUGCGGCGGGUGGUCAAAGACACGGUGUCCAACCCCCAGACCCCCCAGCCUUCGCCCUACAGCUCCCCCAAGUCCCAGCACAAGCCCCAGCAGAGCUUCCUCCCGCCUGGCUGGGAGAUGAGGAUAGCGCCCAACGGAAGGCCCUUCUUCAUCGACCACAACAGCCGCAACACCACCUGGGAGGAUCCCAGGUUGAAGUACCCGGUCCACUUGAGGACCAAGACCUCCAUGGAGCCUGGGGAGCUGGGGCCUCUUCCGAACAUACCACCAGUGGAGCCUGGCUGGGAGGAGAGGAUCCACACCGAUGGACGCACCUUUUACAUCGACCAUAACACAAAGAACACUCAAUGGGAGGACCCUCGCUUGCAGAGCCCAGCCAUCACGGGACCUGCAGUUCCUUACUCCAGAGAAUUCAAGCAGAAAUACGACUACUUCAGGAAGAAAUUGAAGAAGCCGGCGGACAUUCCCAACCGCUUCGAGAUGAAGCUGCACCGGAACAACAUCUUCGAGGAGUCGUAUCGCCGCAUCAUGUCCCUGAAGCGGCCCGACAUCCUGAAGGCGCGGCUCUGGAUCGAGUUCGAGCUGGAGAAGGGGCUGGACUACGGGGGCGUGGCCCGCGAGUGGUUCUUCCUGCUGUCCAAGGAGAUGUUCAACCCCUACUACGGCCUCUUCGAGUACUCCGCCACAGACAACUACACACUCCAGAUCAACCCCAACUCUGGCCUGUGUAACGAGGACCACCUGUCCUACUUUAAGUUCAUUGGUCGCGUGGCGGGAAUGGCCGUGUUCCAUGGGAAGCUGUUAGACGGAUUCUUUAUCCGACCGUUUUACAAGAUGAUGCUGGGCAAACAGAUCUCUCUCAAAGAUAUGGAGUCCGUGGACAGUGAGUACUACAACUCCCUGAAGUGGAUCCUGGAGAACGACCCCACAGAGCUGGAUCUGCGGUUCUGCAUCGACGAGGACAACUUCGGACAGACAUACCAGGUGGACCUAAAGCCCAGUGGGUCGGACAUGGUGGUCACCAACGACAACAAAAAGGAAUACAUUGACCUUGUGAUCCAGUGGAGGUUUGUGAACCGGGUCCAGAAGCAGAUGAACGCCUUCCUAGAGGGCUUCACUGAGCUCAUCGUCGUGGAUCUGAUCAAGAUCUUUGAUGAAAAUGAACUGGAGCUGUUGAUGUGUGGUCUGGGGGAUGUGGAUGUCAACGACUGGAGGCAACACACGGUGUAUAAAAAUGGCUACUGUCCUAAUCACCCUGUCAUACAGUGGUUCUGGAAGGUGGUCCUCCUGAUGGACGCCGAGAAGAGGAUCCGUCUGCUGCAGUUUGUGACCGGGACGUCCCGGGUGCCCAUGAACGGCUUCGCAGAGCUCUACGGUUCCAACGGACCUCAGCUGUUCACCAUCGAGCAGUGGGGCACUCCGGAGAAGCUACCCAGGGCCCAUACGUGCUUCAACCGCCUGGACCUUCCCACCUACGAGUCGUUUGAGGACCUAAGGGAGAAACUGCUCAUGGCGGUGGAGAACGCCCAAGGGUUUGAGGGCGUCGACUAGAACCGACUUAAAAAAAGAGACAUCAAGACGAAUAAAAAAACUAUGACCAUGUAACAAACAACCAACAAACUGCCAUUUCUGUUUUAAAGUGGUGGUGGUGGUGGUGGUGGAGGUAGCGGUUGUGUUGCUAGCAUGUUGUGCUGUAUGCAUGACGGUGUAAGCGGCUGCCACGGCAACAGCAUGGAGGCUAUAGAGACUGUACAGCGACUUGUUGGGCCAAUUUGCCUCUCUCUCUCUCUCUCUCUCUCUCUCUCUCUCUCUCUCUCUCUCUCUCUCUCUCUCUCUCUCUCUCUCUCUCUCUCUCUCUCUCUCUCUC